AUGGAGAUAAACGAGCCAAAGGAUCUAGGCGUCCACCCAUUUGAUUGCACCUCGACGCUGAGAGAAUCACAUCGACAAAAUAUCUACGGAGCGGCCUUCAACCAGUACCGCCUUCCCGAAGAGACACCAAUUUUUGCGACUGUCGGAUCAAACUGGGUAAGCGUCUAUGAAGUGCCACUAGUGGAGGAGCAGAAUGGAAACAAAAACCUAAUCAAGUUGAUCGCUUCCUAUAAAGAUGGAAAUGAUGAUGAAGCUUACUACGCCGUCUGUUGGGCAAUUGACCCACAAACAAUCAAAUCGCUUUUAUGCUUUGGCGGUAAAUUCGGUUUUAUUCGAGUGGUCGACGCAACUAGUGGACAAAUGAUCCGAAUGCUUUCUGGACAUGGUCAAGCGGUGAACGAACUUCGCGCUCACCCUUCCAAAGAUGGAAUCGUUGCUUCGUGUUCGGUUGAUUUGACUGUCAUUAUAUGGAACGUGAAUCAAUCAAAUUAUUUGGUUCGCCUAGGAGGCUUUCGUGGACAUCGAAAUCAGCUUUUAUCUCUCGAUUGGUCUGAAUGUGGAAAUUACAUAGUGACGGGCAGCAUGGAUCACAGUAUCAAGCUUUGGUCACUUAAAGGAAAGCCUGGACAAAAAAUUGAUCAAUCGCUUGGCAUAGUGGAGGAACCAAAUACUGAAUCAAAAUAUAGUGUACAGACUGGCGAUGAAUUUGCUUUGGCUUUCGUACGGCAUGUGAGUGCAAAAAAAGAGUCAUCAAAAACCCAGCCAGCGAUGGUUCAACAUCCCUGCUGUACAACGAAUGAGCUACACACCAAUUAUGUAGACUGCGUUCGACUGUGUGGGCCAUUUGUGUUUUCGAAGGCUGUUUCUCAAAAUUGCAUUUACGUAUGGAAAUUUGGAAAAUUCGAGGAAAAAAUUGCCGGUUUGGAUCAUCUCGUCAAACCAGACAGCUUGGUUUCGAUGCUUUCUUCCCUGCGACUUGACAACAACGUAAACUGGUUUGCUAAAUUUGAGCUCGAUCCAUUCAAGAAGUGGUUGCUCUGUGGAAACAAUUCGAGUGCAAUUUACGCCUACAACAUUCGCGAUAAAAUCAUGGAAGGAAAAGCGCAGCAAGUGCUCAAGGUUUUUGAUGGAGCUGAUGCACAAGUUCGUCAGGUGUGCUUCGAGCCAUAUGGUCGUUUGGCAAUGGCAGUUGGAGAUCGCGGACUGCUAUCUCGCAUUGAUCGCUGGACCGAAGAUCGCUCAACGACGAUUCCAAUAAAACGUAAACGCCUCGCCUCUCAAGAUGAA